AUGGGUAGACCUUCAGGUGCUAGAUCUGUAUUUUAUUUAGCACAAACAUAUUCUAAAAUUCCAAAACAAUUGAAUAUUUCAUAUCAAGAAACAGUUACCCAAUUAAUACAAAAUGAAAAAAUUGCAAAAGAUGUUAUGAAUUCGAUUACAAUCAGACAAAGUGAAGGAGUUGUAACUAUUAAAUCGGUUGCUGAUGAAAAAUGUACUGAUUAUUGGACGUUGGCACAUUAUAAAACAAAAAACAUUGAACAUAUUGAUGCUAAAGACAGAAUCUCAAAUUCAGCUUCGAAUAAUUCCAUCCCAACUGCUGUAAAAGAAAACAUCCAUGGAAAAUAUUCAAAUACGUUUACUCCAGACGAUAUGACAUUGGCUGUACCGUUGAACAAUGUACAUGAUGUUUCAAAUUUAACUGUUGAUGGAAAUAAUAUAUUCGGCACUUCUUCACCCAAAGAAAAAAGAUUAAUAGAUUCUUCAUCUUUUCUUAACUCAGAUGCACAUUUAUCGCCAAUUUAUGAAAAAAGUAGUACAUCAUCACUCCAAAAUAAUAGUAUGGAAAUAGAAAUUUGUGGAAGAAGAGUAGUAAAUAUAUCACACUUAUUUCAAGAAAUCAAAAGUAUUGAUAACCACAAACCACUUGACUGUGGAUUUAAAAAUAUGAUAUUAAUUGGUGAAAGAAAGCUUGGCCUAAAAUCAUUUUUUAGCUUCAAAUGUUGUAUGUGUAAUAUUAAAAAAACUAUAUCGUCCGAAAAUGAAGAUCUUAUGGCUAUAAAUACUUCGGCAGUAAUAGGUACAUUGAAUAUUGGAUGUGGUUUCAGUCAAUUACAAGAAAUUAUGUCUGCAAUGGAAAUAACUACUUUAAAUCACAAAACGUACCAAAAUGAGCAUGAUCGGAUUUGCAAAGGAUACGAAAUAGCUGCGUUAAAAGCAAUGGAUAAUGCGGCUAAAGAUGAAGCAGAAUUGGCUAUAAAAAAUGGAGAAGUAGACGCCGAUGGAAUGCCAUUAAUUACAGUUGUAGCUGAUGGGAGUUGGUGUAAGAGAUCGUACCGAACAAUGUACAAUUCACCAUCUGGAAUGGCAGCCAUCGUUGGGUAUCGAACUAAAAAAGUGUUGUUCAUGGGCGUAAAGAAUAAAUUUUGUUCGACAUGUGCCAGAACUAAAAAUGGAGAUAAGCCAAAAAAUCAUACAUGUUUCAAAAACUGGAAAACGUCAGAUGGAUCGUCAGGAAUGGAAGCAUCAAUAAUAGUAGAAGGAUUCAAAGAAAGUGAACAAGUACAUGGAAUACGAUAUCAUAAAUUUAUUGCUGAUGGAGAUAGUAAUGUUUAUAAGCGCAUUUUAGAUUCACGCCCGUAUUAAAAUCUUACAAUUCAAAAAGUUGAAUGUAGAAAUCAUCUUUUAAGAAAUUUGUGUAAAAAAUUAAGAGAUAUGUGUCCUAAAAGAGAUGCUGGAAAAUUAGUUCACAGAAAGCUACUUCAAAAUAAUAUAUUACGUAUAAGAAUAGGUAUAGUUACAGCAAUUAAGUAUAGAAAAGAAAAUAAACAUUCAGAAAUAGAUUUACAAAAUGAUAUUUUAAAUUGUGUCGACCACGUAUUUGGUCAGCAUACUAAAUGUGCGGCUUAUUUUUGUGAAACGGUCAAUGAUCCAAAUAUUACAAACGCUCAAUGUACAAAUUUCACUGAAAAAAUGAAAGCUACAGAUCCUAAUUUUUACUCAAAAAUAAUGAAACAUAUCCGUUAUUUAGCCAGGCAUAGUCGUAGUUUGAUUGAAAACGUCGAUAGUAACGUUGUCGAGUCACUAAAUGGAAUUAUUGCGAAAUUAAUAGGAGGGAAAAGGGUAAAUUGUGCAAUGUCUGGGUCUUAUCAAGGUCGAUGCUCUGCAGCGACUGUAAUAAAAAAUACCAAACGUCCCUUUUACACGUUGCAUAAAGUUUUAUUACAUCGCAGUCCAAAUAAAAAGUGUCCAUCGUCAAUAUUAGAAUUAAAUCGCCAUAAAAAACGCAACAGACAAAAUGAACUGAGACAAAAAAAAUAUCGCAAAAAAUUAAAAUAUGUAAAUGACUCUGCAGAUCCAUCAUACGGAAAUAAUGCCCAAAAACCGGAUAUGACUGAAAAUGAGUAUGAAGAAGAAAAAAAAAAUUUUUUAAAUAACUUAAAAAUAAUAGCCGAUAAUCGCAUAAAUAUUGAAAGAGAAACAGUCGAUCAAACAAAUUCCACUAAAUGGUUUGAAUUAAGGAGGAAUAUAAUUACAGCCUCAAACUUUGGAAGAAUUAUUGCAUUACGCCCAGACACUGGAUGCGAAGGAGUGUUAAAAAGUUUACUUUACUCUACAAAUCUCGAUACCAAAGCCCUGGAAUAUGGUAGGGAACAUGAAUAUCAAGCCAAACGAGAUUUAGAAUUGGCUUUAGAAGUUGAAAUUAACGAUUGUGGAUUGUUUAUUGAUUCAAUUGAUGUUUUCUUAGGAGCUACUCCUGAUGGUUUAAUCGGGGAAGACACUUUAGUCGAAAUAAAAUGUCCGUAUUCAGCAGAAAAUUUAGAUCCCGACGAAGCAAUUAUUCAAAAAAAAUUACUAUUUGGAAAACUAACAAAAAUAAAGAAAUAACAGGUAUAGAUAGAAAUCACAAAUAUUACUACCAAAUUCAGGGACAGUUACACAUUACUAAGCGAAAAUAUGGAAUUUGUAACGAGACAAUAAUGCAUAGUACAACAACACCAUUACUACAGUCACACUCCCGCCCCUAGUGAUGAACAGCGACACUACUAUCCGUCGAAUACUGUUCGACGGCAGUAACAAACAACUAUAGAUGGCGCGAAUGUGCCACGACCUUUAAAACACUCAAAGUUGCUUUACAGAAAAGGGAGAAAACCUAUCUUCUAGUUGAAAUAAUGGCAAGUUCUACCUUUUAACAUAUUAAGAAUAACGUCUCACAAAAACUGUACACCCAAUAUGAUUCGAAAAUAACAAUAAAGAAGCAAAACGACGUUGUACGGGAGGCAUAAUUGGCACAGAUAUGCUGACCAAUACGUGCAGAUAUACCACCCGUCCGAAUGAUCAAGAGCAGUAGUAGUAGUGUUACGAUUGUAUAUUCGUGGACAACCGACUAUAGCAAAACGCAUAGUAUACGGCAUCGAUCCACGAAUAUAUAUAUCAAUAACUUUGAGUACGCCACAUAGAGCGACCAGUUAAUAACUGCUGUGAAGAGAAGCCGCCAUUGGAAAUCACGAAGCCAACCACACCACCAGUCAACAACCAUCGCAGUCAGGAGCCACAUCCAACGCCGAGGGACUACUGCCGAUGACCAAUACUUCCAGACCAACCCCGGUAGAAGUUUACCCAGUAUAAGGUACGUACCACUAGUCAUUCGACGUUCCCACAGACUACGUUAAAACACGUAGUAGACUGUGUGGAACAAGUCGACACUAGUACAAGUGUCAUUCCCAACACCUCUGUACUAACGUUGUAAAUCUAAUGGUACGUACGUAUUGUGGUAAGAUAAAUAUUAUCACCCAAUGUA